AUGGAACAAUAAGAUUAGCAUCUUUUAGCAAAUGAUAAAAAACUCAAUGAGAAAUUUCUGGAUGAUGUUUUUUAGAUUUUGAAGAAGAUAAUUCUCGAAUGCAAGACAGGUAAUGGAAAGGUUAUUGACUUUAAGACUCCUGAUUAGCUCAUUAAAGAAAUAGAUUUAACUCUUCCUUUAAAAGGAUAGUCUGAUGAAGAGAUUAUUAACUUCAUUAAAUUAGUUGACAAAUAUAGCGUUAAGACUUCACACUCUCACUUUUUCAAUAACCUCUUCGGUGGUUCAAAUGAAUAUUCUUUAGCAGGAGACUAUUUCACAUCUACAAUUAAUGGCUCUAUGUAUACUUAUGAAAUGGCCCCAGUUUUUAACUUUAUGGAAAACGCCAUUUAGUAAUUAUUUGCAGAAAGAUACUUAAAGUGGAGUACAAUUGAUGGAGUUUUCUGCCCAGGCGGUUCCUAAUCUAAUUUUUAUGGUAUCUUAGCAGCUAGAUAACACAAAUAUCCUGAAUUUAAGAGAAAAGGUCUUCGUGCUCUUCCUGAUUUGAAACUUUUCACAUCUGAAUUAGCUCACUAUAGCAUCGAAAAAGGAGCAAUUAUGCUUGGUUUUGGUCUUGAUUCUGUUGUCAAAAUAGCUUGUGAUGAAGAAGGAAGAAUGAUUCCUGAGGAAUUCGAAAAGGAAAUCUAAAAAUGCAUUUAAGAAGGUUCAGUUCCUUUAAUGGUUAAUUUGACCUGUGGUACAACAGUCUUUGGUGUAGUUGAUCCUAUCAACAAAUGCACUGAAAUAGCACAAAAAUAUAACAUGUGGGUUCACAUUGAUGGCUGUUGGGGUGGUCACUUGAUCUUUUUAGAAGAAUUUAGAAAUAAAUAUAGCCUCAUCAGCUAAGCUGAUAGUUUCGCUUGGGAUGCUCAUAAAUUAUUUAAUGUUCCUUAAUAAUGUACAGCCUUUUUCACUAGACAUGUUGGCUUGCUUCAUGAAGCUAAUGCUUUAGGUAGCGACUAUCUUUUCAUGAAGGACAAAAAACUCUAUGAUGCAACUAAAUAUGAUUCAGGAGAUAAGACUUACUAAUGUGCAAGACAUAUAGAUGUAUUCAAAUUUUGGAUCUACUGGAAACAUUUUGGUACAUUAGGUUUAGAAUAAAUUGUUGCUGAUUCUUUAGAAACCACUAAAUAUUUUGCCUAGUUGGUUAAAGAUCACCCUAACUGUGAAUUAAUCAAUGAGCCUGAAUAUGUUAGUGUCAGCUUUUUCUAUUAUCCUGACUCAUUCUUAAAAAGAAAAGAAUUAGGAGAAGACAAAACAGAAAAAUUCUGGGAAGACAUGCAUAAUAUUCCUCCUAUCAUCAAAGCUAAAAUGGUUGAGCAAGGUACAAUGAUGGUUGCCUAUUAAAAACAAAACCAAAAAUCAAUUCAAAGAAAGAACUUCUUCAGAUUUAUCUUUACAGCUGAUAAAGGAAAAGAAGAAGCAUAAUUUGCUCUUAAUGAAAUACACAGAUUGGGUAAAGAUUUAUGA